GGUCAAUCCAAUAUUGAGACUGGUUUUGGCUUCGGGAGUUUUCUGAACUCUAGUCAUACCCAAUGUUUUAUUGUGAUUCUAUCGUUCGGGUUAGGCACAUUUAAUGGUUCGUUAACAAUUUAUAUUUCCUCGGUCCCAUAAGCAGUUACAGCUAAAUUUACCUGUUAAAAUCGUCUGCGACUCAUCGAUCGGGUCCUGCACAAAUAUGGCUGCUCCGCUGAAACCAUGGGAGCGUGCCUCUGGUGCAAAUGUCGGACAAAACCAGCAAAACGUGGAUGGUAUUUCUGCUGGUUUAACUCCAGGAUUGAGUGGUAUGACUAAUGCUAGAUCAACUACUCUGCCAUCAACUUACCAAACCCCAGGCUUGGCCCCACCCUUACCAACACGACCAGGACUGACCAGUGGCGUUGGUGUGAACAGCUACUCACCAUACUCUUCUAGCUUGUAUGGUGGUGGAUACGGAGGUGGAUAUGGAGGUGGCAUGUAUGGAGGUGGCAUGUAUGGAGGCGGGUAUUCACCAUAUUCGUCAAGUUAUGGAAGCAGUAUGGGUUAUGGCGGUAUUGGUGGAUACGGUGGGGGCAUGUAUGGUAUGAAUCGCUAUGGCAUGGACGCUCAAGGCGGAAGCCGAUUCGUACAACAAGCAGAGGAGAGUAGUCGCGCAGCAUUCCAAUCAAUUGAAAGCAUUGUACAGGCAUUUGGCUCUGUUAGCAUGAUGCUUGAAUCUACGUUCAAUGCUGUAUAUAGUUCAUUUCGGGCUGUUCUUGGCGUCGCCGAUCAUUUCUCUAGACUUAAACACCACAUGGUAAGCGUUAUUUCUGCAUUUGCGUUGUUUCGAACACUGAAAUACCUAUACCGAAGAUUGCUCGUCUUGUUGCGUUUGCGAGAACCAAAUCUGCCAAAUGAUGUCUGGAAUGACGUGCAGGCUGAAGUACAUCAGCAAGCGGAACAGAAACUAAGUGAAAAUGGUCCUAAAUCCUGGCCAAUAAUUAUGUUCUUUGGCGUUGUGAUUGGUGCUCCAUGGCUGAUAUGGAAACUGCUGAGUUCUCUCAACAACGGUACUUCAGAAGAUCCAAAUGGAUGGGCAACAGGUGAAGAUGACCACAUUGUUGCAAGGGCUGAAUAUGAUUUUGACAGUGAACGUAGUGAAGAGAUUUCAUUCCGUGCUGGAAGUCUUAUUAAUGUAGCACCAAAAGAACUCCAACCCAGAGUUAGAGGAUGGCUCCUUGGCAGUGUAAAUGGUCAGAAACCUGGAUUACUUCCUGCAAACUAUGUGAAAAUACUUGGAAAAAGGCGUGGAAAGAAACAUGUGAAUGCACAACAGCAACAGUUGCCUCCACAACAACAACAACAAUCACGGCCCAUUCCUGGUGAUGUAUCUGGAAUUCACCAGACUCCAAGCUCUUUAGAUCUUAGCAGUAUGGCUUCAGGCAAUUAUUUUGAAGGCAGGCAACCGAGCAAUGAUAACAGGACUGACUUCGAUAAUCUGCAAGAAUUUGAGGAGAACUUUCAAAACAAACAAACUGUACCGAAUACGAGUGAACAGUCCCCCCCUGCAGCUGUUGUAGCCAACACUGCUGACAAUUCUGCAACGGAGAAUCCGUAGAAUAUGUGUAGUUGUCGUUUAGAGUCACAGUAGUCUAUGAUUUUAUAAAUCUUGUGUCCCCAGCAUCAGGGAGGGAAUCAGAGAUGAGUACUUUAAAUGAAAGCAGUGUGUGGGCAAGCUCGUCACAGAUCAAAAACUUAUGUACAAAGUACAUGAACUUUGAAAUUAUGAGUGCACUCCUAUUUGCAGCAAAACAUAUUGAAAAUGACUUAUUGAAACUUAUGUUAUAAAAAUUUAAGGGCACC